AGCAGACACUGAAGCCACAGUAUAGUUCCUGGCUGGCCCCUUUCGACCAGACAAGAUGGCUGUUAACCCGGUCCUGUCAGCUUGCUUCCUGGGCUUCAUCCUUGGACUCACGCUUGGCCAGGAGACAACGCCCAGGAAACCCAUCAUUCUGAAUGAUCCUCCUUUUAUGACAGCGUUGCCGCCAGGAAAUCCUCCUGUGUUCACCCUUCCAGGAGCCGAGGAAGUUGUUACCAUCCUGAAGAAAGAAGACCUCGGUGGAUUUGAGAAUGUCAACCCCUCUCAUGUCAACGGCGAAGAGCUGUUUGAAGCUGACAUCUUGCUGUCUCCUGAGCAGAAAAGGCAAUUAUUGGAGAGGAAGGCCAUAUCAUACACUUCCUCGAGAUGGCCAAAUGGGCCAAACGGAACUCCAGUUGUCCCUUACCAGUUUGGAGACUCGGCUGUGAAUACAACGCAAAUAGAGGCAGGGCUGGCUCACUGGGAGGAGCAUACCUGUAUCGACUUCCAGUUAAUUACAGGUACUCCUCCAGCGAAGUACUUGAACUUUUUCAAAGGCUCUGGGUGCUGGUCAUACGUCGGAAUGAUAUCAACACCACAAAAUGUAUCCAUUGGAGAUGGAUGCACUAGCUUGGGAACCGUUGUUCACGAGGUGGGCCAUGCCAUGGGAUUCUUCCAUGAGCAGUCACGCUCUGACAGGGACGACUAUGUGACCAUCAUUUUGGCAAAUGUGCAAGCGGGCAAAGAGGGAAACUUUGAUAAAGAAGUCGACAACAACUACUCAGUGCCAUAUGAUUUCUCUUCGGAUAUGCAUUAUGGUUCGGAGUACUUCACUGUGAACGGCAAAAGUACCAUGGUAACCAAGAAUCCGUUGGCGCAAGAACUCAUCGGCACCAGCAAAGGGCUGAGCCACUACGAUAAGCUACUGGCUAACACGAUGUAUCCAUGCAUUACAAAGUGGAAGCAAAACUGCAACAUCACCGGGAACCCUUGCCAGAAUGACGGCUACGUAGGAAAAAACUGUUCCUGUGUUUGUCGCAGUGGAACAAGUGGCGCUAACUGCGAGACUGUUAACAAAGGGUACUAUGACAGUCUUCUCUCAGGUUGUUCAGCAAAUGUCACAGCACCUGGGACAGUAACAUCUCCCAACUACCCCAGUAAUUAUCCAUCAGGCUUAAAAUGUGUGAAAUGGAUCCAGGCCCCUGAGUGCACCACUGUGAAAAUAAAGUUCAAUGCUUUUAAACUUUACGGAAGAAACGCUUAUUGUGGUGGAAACAGCUGCUGUUAUUUCGACGCCCUGGAGAUUAGGUCCACCAAUCUCACUGUUGGAGAAGUCUACUGUGAUCAAGAGAUUGCUGUUGGCACAGAAUUUAUCUCCUCCAGCAAUCAGAUGAUCCUCGUCUUUAAGACAGGCACAAACUUCUAUUACGGAUGGUCUGCCAAUGUGACCUUUGAACCUGUUCCUUCGUGCACCCCCAAUACGACUUCAACAAGUACAUCAACGAGUACAAGUACUUCAACCACCACAAGUACUUCAAGUACAAGUACUCCAACCACCACAAGUACUUCGACUAGUACAAGUACUACCACCACAAGUACUUCAACUAGUACAAGUACUCCGACCACCACAAGUACCACAACCACCACAAGUACUCCAACGACCACAAGUACGCCAACCACCACAAGUACUUCAACUAGUACAAGUACUCCGACCACCACAAGUACUACAACCACCACAAGUACUCCAACGACCACAAGUACGCCAACCACCACAAGUUCUUCAACUAGUACAUCAACAAGCACUACGACGCAAAGUACAAGCACAUCCCCUCCUGCUGCUGCUUGCAGCGUUGUACAGCUGAGUCCCACUCAAAUACAAUGGACUUCUCCCAACUUCGGCCUGGGUAACUACCCUAACAAUGAACCCUGCUCACUUUCAUUAUCAUCGCCCUUUCCAGCUUGGGCCGAGGUACAACUUCUCACUUUCAGUUUGCACAGAACGGAUUAUGUUUUGUUCCCAAGUGAAGUCAGAUCACCUCUCAUCCUGAGAAACUCUCAGACUGGCAUCAGGACGCUUCCGUCCAUGAAUACCGUCGCCGAAUUCUUCAACAGCGCGACCAGAAGCGGCGUCGGAUUCAACAUGACAAUCACUAGCAAAACAUCCAAUUGUCACCAGCUGAUCACUACAGGUGGCGUCGGAGAUACGGGCACAAUAGCCGCCCCAGUACAGCCCAACUUCACUUGGCUGAACAAAGGUUGUGAAUUCUGGAUAAGGUCUCCAGAAGGCACCAAUAUUCAGCUCACCUUCAACUCGAUGGUCAUGACCAGGAGGUGUGCCCAGAACAGCGUCAUUGUGAAUCCCGACGGUGACGUCACUUAUCCAUCGGGUAGCAGCAGUAGGUUCUGUGGAACUGCCCUUCCGCCACCAAUCACUUCUGCAGCAAACGAAAUGAAUGUGUUCUUCUUCAGCACCGAUAACUCUAAGCGCUUUAAUGCCACCUGGUCCGUUGUAUCGGGAGCAUGAUUUAUGAGAUUAUUGGACGGCUGCAAUGAUGACGUGAUCAGAAGUAUCCUUCAAUGGCAAUCAUUCAAGUGCAAUGAUGAAUUUUGAUACUUAAAAGCAUGUUCCUGUAAUAAAAAGAGCAAGAGGUUA